GGAGAGGGGGAGGCUCAUGGCGGGCUACAGGUCCUGAGACUUGAUCCGCAGGGAGGCAGCUAAGGCCCUGCGAGAAAUCGAGCGCAGCGCCGGUGGGCCGGCACUGCUGGGGGACUCGGCCCACCCUCCGCAGCUGCUGGCCCAGGUGCUAAGCCCCUCACUGCCUGGGCCGGCCGCUCCGAGUGCGGUGUCCGCCAAGCCCACGCACACCCGGAACUCCAGCUGGCCCGCAAGCGCCGGGCGCAGCCCCGGUUCCCGCUUGUGCCUCUCCCUGCGCACCUCCCCGGAAGCCGAGGGAGCCGGCUCCGGCCUCGGCCAGCCCGGAGAAGGGCUCCCAGGGUGCAGCGGCGGGCUGAAGGGCUCCUCAAGCGCCGCCAGAAUGGGCGCCAAGGCCGAGGAGGCAACGAGAGCGAGCGAGGGCUGCGAGCGCUGCCAGUAUGCUGUCACCUCUCAAAAGGACACCCUGUUCAAUAAGUUGUGCUCGGAAAACCAGAUAGUCAUAUGGAGAAGAAUGAAACUGGACCCCAUCUCUCACCAUAUACAAAAAUUAACUCAAGAUCAAUCAAAGGCGUAAACGUCCAGUGUGCUUGUUGCUCCAGACCUCAUGCCUUCUGGACCCAGACAUCUCUGCAGUCUCGGAACUGGAAUACACCACUUCUUGUCAAGGUACUAGCAAGUUGCCGUGGAUACAGAAAUCUCUGCAGGCAAGUUGCUCCAGAGCAUAUUGCAGGACAAGCCUGUAACGAAUAGUUAAAUUCACGGCAUCUGGAUUCCUAAUCCUUUUCCAAAAUGGCAGGUGUGAGUGCCUGUAUAAAAUAUUCUAUGUUUACCUUCAACUUCUUGUUCUGGCUAUGUGGUAUCUUGAUCCUAGCAUUAGCAAUAUGGGUACGAGUAAGCAAUGACUCUCAAGCGAUUUUCGGUUCUGAAGAUGUAGGCUCUAGCUCCUAUGUUGCUGUGGACAUAUUGAUUGCUGUAGGUGCCAUCAUCAUGAUUCUGGGCUUCCUGGGAUGCUGCGGUGCUAUAAAAGAAAGUCGCUGCAUGCUUCUGUUGUUUUUCAUAGGCUUGCUUCUGAUCCUGCUCCUGCAGGUGGCGACAGGUAUCCUAGGAGCUGUUUUCAAAUCUAAGUCUGAUCGCAUUGUGAAUGAAACUCUGUAUGAAAACACAAAGCUUUUGAGCGCCACAGGGGAAAAUGAAAAACAAUUCCAGGAAGCCAUAAUUAUGUUUCAAGAAGAGUUUAAAUGCUGCGGUUUGGUCAAUGGAGCUGCUGAUUGGGGAAAUAAUUUUCAACACUAUCCUGAAUUAUGUGCCUGUCUAGAUAAGCAGAGAUCAUGCCAAAGCUAUAAUGGAAAAGAAGUUUACAAAGAGACCUGUAUUUCUUUCAUAAAAGACUUCUUGGCAAAAAAUUUUAUUAUAGUUAUUGGAAUAGCAUUUGGACUGGCAGUUAUUGAGAUACUGGGUUUGGUGUUUUCUAUGGUCCUGUAUUGCCAGAUCGGGAACAAAUGAAUCUGUGGAUGCAUCAAGCUAUCGUCAGUCAAACCCCUUUAAAAUGUUGCUUUGGCUUUGUAAAUUUAAAUAUGUAAGUGCUAUAUAAGUCAGGAGCAGCUGUCUUUUUAAAAUGUCUUGGCUAGCUAGACCACAGAUAUCUUCUAGACAUAUUGAACACAUUUAAGAUUUGAGGGAUAUAAGGGAAAAUGAUAUGAAUGUGUAUUUUUACUCAAAAUAAAAGUAACUGUUUACGUUG